CUGAGGCCCAAGCGGAGCCAAGUGCAUCGGGCGUGCGACUGGUGCAAGCUGAUGCGGAUCAAAUGCGAAGUCGGGCGCCCGUGCCGAAAUUGCCAGGUAGCAGGUCGCGAGUGCGUUACCAACGGCCAAAACCACUUUCACUUCCGGAGCAUCGCCGCGGCGGCCAAAGAGGUCGAGCGACUGCGCGCGCAGGUGCGCGAGCUGGAAAGCCGCGUGCGCGUCGACGUCACGCGCGAGGUGCACUAUGGCGUCCUGUCGCUGCCCUUCUUCCUCAAGCGCAUGAGCGCCUUCCUCCAGACGACAGGCCUGCACCACCAGCACCCGCCUCUUGACGGCAGCACCACCCCUACCACCCCCGUCCCUUUGUUUAGCGCCGUGGCCGGCACAGACUUCCUGCCUCGCGCCCAAGAAGACUCUUUCCUCGACCUCUUCUGGCAGACGCACCACUUCAGCUACCCCAUCAUCAACGAGGCCGACUUCCGCCUGCACUACCGCUCGCUAUGGGCUGGCUGCGCCCCGCACGCCCCUCGCCAGCCCUCACCGCUCGUUGACAUAGUCCUUGCCCUGUGCAUCCAGCUGGGCGCCUCGCUCAUCCCGGACUCGCAGAAGCCCAGCUAUCCCGCUCUCGCCGGCUUGCAGUACUACCAGCGCUGCCAGUCAUUGGUCGCCGACACCAUCGAAUCGCCGUCCAUCACCACCGUCCAGUGCCAUGUCUUCAGCAUCGUCUAUCUCUACGAGGCCGGCUUGCUGAACAGGGCUCAAGUCUUGAGCGGAGAGGCCAUCAUGAUGGCAAUCAUCCUCGGCCUGAACAACGAGCCGCCGGCGGAUGAGCUCGAGGAACAGAAGGAGAUCACUCGCCGCACGUGGUGGAGUUUGUACAUCCUUGACGCGCAGCUGGGCAUGGAGGUCGGCCGCCCAUUCAUGGUCACGCCCUCGCAUUCCAACUGCCAUCCUCCGUCUGACGCGCUGGACAUCGCCCAUUCGCUUGGGCCCCAUUACAUGUUCGGUGACGGCAGCACGACCUGGCUCGGCUUCCAGAACCGGACGCUGAGCCUUCUGGAAACCGUCAGGUCCAUCUCCUCGGCCUUUCACGCCAAGUGCUUGAGCGAGACCGGCACAAAGAGCUUCUACAGCAACAGCGCCACACGAGAAGAAGCCGCACACUUUCUCACAGAACAGAUCAAGUUGCUGGGAGCGUGGGCCUCGCAAGUCCCCGUCGGCUACCGCAUGCAGCGGAGAGGCGGCGAAGCCUUCUCGACCGACCGUGCCCCACUCGACCUCGACCAUAACGUGCCGAUCCAGUACCAACGGCAACGGCUCCUUCUUGAACUUCAGUACCACCAACACGCACUAAACUUAUACCGGCCCUUCAUAUGCUUUGCGCCCACGCCCGAAGCGUCGACGCCGCUCUCCGACAACAAAGCUACCUCCAGCCUCAACCAUGCCAUCACCUUGACCAACCUCAUCCACCAGGCUCUGGACGCGUCGGAGGUCCUGAACGGCAUGAACCAGGUAUUUCGCUGGCAGAAGAACGCCCUGUUCACGAUGCUCGGUUUCGCCUACACAUUCCCGAUUAGCCACUACACGGCAGCGACAUGCAAAGCCAUCGAUACAGCCAUCAAGGUCGUUGAAAUGUACAGCGGGGUCCUGCCAGAGGCGGGCCAAGUCUCGGAGCUAGCGCGCACCCUGGCCGGUAACGUCGACGCCAUCAUCAGCGGCUUCCGCCGCAACAGCCUCCCCAACGAUACUAGCAAAGCAUUGACGAGGGCGGGAUCGUCACGACCACAGACGGCCAACGGCGGCAGC